UGGGAAGAUUCAGAAGUAUCUGCAGUGUCUGUGAAAGACUGUGGGGUCUGAAGUAAAGCGACGGACCGCGGAGACAGGCAAAGCCUCUAGGGGGCCAUGUCUGGUGGUAGCAGUGCUAACAACAGCUGGACCAUCCUCACUCCUGAGGAAACUGCCACUGAAACCCUGAGGCCUUUGGCAGAGGGCACAGAGCAUCAUGAAGAAAGUGUUACGUCUGCCGCAGGUUCUGGGGAGAACCUGCCUGCAGGUGUUGCAGAAUCUGCAGAGGGGCUCCCUGUGGAGGGCCACCUGGUAUCAGAAGAAAAAACGGCAGGGCUAAGUGGAGACACAAGCACAGAGCAACACACCACCAUGCCCACUGCCAUCACUGAUGCCCCUGUUUCCACCCCUUUGGAAGGGUCCGGCAGCUUUGUCCCUGACAGUGAUGCACUCAGCCAAUCAGAGGGCCUACCUGAGGGCCCGGCACAGUCCAACCCUGACCCUGACUCAUUUUCUGACUCCUACACCCACAUAACCCCCUCCCCCCAUGAGCCCCCAUCCACGCUACUGAGCACAGAGACUCUGGGAGGGUCGGAAUUCACACAGGAGGAAGAGAGGCUCACACAAGAAGGAACACUGCAUCCGUUAAACGGGGAAGGGCUACAACAGGAAGGGGAGGAUUCUGAUCUGUCUACGAGGACAACUGACAUUGGGAAACAGGCAGACUCCCUUGUGGAUUCACAGGUGGGUGAGGAGAGGACUGAGAAGAUUGGAGAGGAGGGAGAGCCAGAGGUGAGGAGAAGGAGGUCUCUCUUGGCAGCUCUGGAGCGGAUCGGAAGGACAGAGGAGGAAGAGGAAGGAGAGGAAGAGUUUCAGCUGCCACAACGAGAGGAAGACAGUGGGUUCUCUGUGAACAAGUGCAUCCUGGGUGCUGUCAUUCUGUUAGGCCUCGGCACCAUCUUUUUUUCAGGUGUCUUCAUGGACCUGGAUGAGGAGAGUGACUAUGGUACAAGGGAGCUGAAAGACGCAGAGUUACCAGGAAAACAGGAGUGGUUCAAUCAAGAUGUUCCUCCACCCCCAGUAGAUGCUGACAGUACAGAGCUUCUAAAUAAGUUAGCCAAAGGGAACCAGCAGAUUUCUGUGCUGCAAGCCCAACUUCAGGCACAGAAAGAAGAGCUAAAAGUAGCCAAGGGACAGGCAGCAGAGGGAGCAAAGGAGCGGCUGCUGUGGGAGGAGAUGGAGAAGGAAAACAGUAGGUUGAAGAAAGAGAUGGCAAGUCUCCCUGUCCUUCAGAAAGAGAACGAGAGGAUGAAGAGAGAGCUGGAGUCUGUCCCUGCCCUACAGAAAGAACUAGAAACACUGAGAUCCACUGUGACUGAAUUAAAACUCUCCUCAGGAACCAGUGAAGCAGCUCAAGCACCUGUGAAGCAUGCUACAUCGCCCUCCAGUGGCCAGCCAGAGGACAGCACACAGAGCACAGCUGGAUCUAUAGAGAGACAGCCAUGGAAGCCAUGGGAUGACCAGAGGGAGAAAAAGAAAGUUAUGAAGAAGGAUAAAAAUGAUAUAAGUGAGAAGAAGGAUGGAAAAGAGGGGUUAGAAAAAUCUAAAUGGAGGGAAAAAGAGAAAAGACAAAGCAAAGAUGGAGGGAAAACAGAAUGGAACAAGGGAAAGCAUGAGGAAGGCAAAUUUGACAAGAAGAAAGAAAAGGAUUUUAAGCAAAAGAGUGAUGAGGCAAAACAGUGGAAGGAGAAGGACUGGAAGAAAGAAAAGGCAAGCAGAGGUGAUGAGGGAAAGCCCUGGAAAGACAGAGAAGGUAAGAAAGAGUGGAUAGAAAAGCGUGAGCGAAAAGAAUGGAAGGAGGAGAAAGACUGGAAAAAGGCAAAGCAUGGGAAAGUGAAUGAGGGUAAACAAUUGAGGAGUCAGGAGGAGAAGAAUGAUUGGACGGUAGGAAAAGACCAUGGAGAGAAGCACAAGGGCAGGGAGGAAUGGAAAGGAGAGAAGGAAUGGAAGAAAGGGAAAGAUGGCUACAAGGGAAGUGGCAAAGAGAAAUGGGAGAGAAAAGAUUGGAAAGAAAAAGGAGAGAAGAAAGAAUGGAAGAAAGAUGGUAACUGGAAGAGUAAAAAUGGCAAAGAUCAUAGCAAAGAAGGGAAAUGGACAGGUGAAAGGAAACAGUGGGAAGAGAGCAAAAAUCAUGGCAAAGACAGUAAGUGGAAGGAUGAGAGGAAACAGGGUAACGAGAAUGAGUGGAAGAGUAAAAAUGGUAAAGAUGAUAAGGAGUGGAAGAGGAAGGAUGAGAGGAAACAUGUUAGCGAGAACGAGUGGAGGAGUAAAAAUGGUGAAGAUUUUAAGGAAUGGAAGAGGAGGGAUGAGAGGAAACAGGGGAACGAGAACGAGUGGAGGAGUAAAAAUGGUAAAGAUGAUAAGGCAUGGAAGAGGAAGGAUGAGAGGAAACAGGGGAACGAGAACGAGUGGAGGAGUAAAAAUGGUAAAGAUGAUAAGGCAUGGAAGAGGAAGGAUGAGAGGAAACAGGGGAACGAGAACGAGUGGAGGAGUAAAAAUGAGAGGAAACAGUGGGAAAAGAAAGAAGAGCAGUGGAACAGAGGAGGACAGAAAGAAAGAAAAUACAAUGGAGAUUUGAACAAGGACACAUCAAGCUCCCAGAAACACAAAGAGGAGCACAAAUUUACCGGUAACCAUGGCCACGAGACAGAGCAUCUGUGGGGAGACAAGAAGCCUCCUCACACACACCGCCGACCCUCCCUGGAACAGCCUGAGUACUGGGUCCAGCAGAGGGAGCGCCUCCAGCACAACCCCAAACCACCACAGCAUUGUAACUCGUUGGAGACCUGUGCCCAGGCUGAGGGGCUGCUCCCUGUCCCCUUCCCUGAGUUCGAGGCGAUCCUCCAAACCUACCUAGCCAAGGCAGAGGAGGUGGGGGUGGAUGCUUCCAAAAGAGAAGAGCUCAAAAAGUUGGCCACCGAAUUCUUCAAGGACGGAGUCUUUGUUCAUGACCAGAUGAGCUUUCAAGAUUUCGCCGAAGAUUUGGGCGAUGUUUUGGAAGACAUGGUUGAAGGAGAUGACAGCGGGGAUGAAGAGGAUAGCGCCAUAGAGGAAGAAAUGGAGGAGUUUGAAAGAGAAGUCCUGAAAAAGUUUUCAGUGCCAGGAGCUGAAGAGAAAGAGGAGAGACCCAAAGGGGAUCAGAGGAAGGAGAGCGUACGAGGACGUGGCUGAUGAAGUGAUGAACCUGAUGGAUCUGUUAAAAGAAGCCAAGAGCAGUCAUGACGGAUGAGGCGUUAUUCAAAGGGAACAUUUUAUAUUGGACCACAAAUGCUUACAAGUAUGCAUUUAUCACCCUGUCGUGCUUUCUACUGGAUCUCAUCUUACUCCUUCCAGGUGUUGUGCAAGAAGUUCAGCUUAUGAUUUGAUUUUACCGUUGUGGCUCCUUUUGUGUUUCACCUGUGCACGCGCGCGCGCGCACACACACACACACACACAUUAGUACUUUAGUACAUUAGUACACCCUUUGCAUAUGGGAGAGUAAACCUGUUAGAUCGAAUUGGAUGUUACUCUGCUUUGACUCUCAUCCAAGAAUAGAUGCUGUAAGUCUUAUUCACAACAACACCUCUUCCUCUGCAAACAGCACCGUGCACUGUUUAAGUCUACAUAUUCACUCAUCAGGCCUGCACCUACAGCACUCCAUCUUUAUGUAUUAACUGAUGUAGCCUGUCUAAUAAUGUCAGAUUAUCUUUAGAUCAUUAACAGUUUUUAUGAAGGGUGGAGUGAAAGUGACCUGCUGAAGUUAAGUGAAUAUUUUAAGUGAAAUUAGAUAAGUAUGCAUUGACUUUGUUUUAAAUGUUUGUACAUAUUAUACUAAAUGUGUUUGAGAACUAUGCUAAAUGCAGAAAUAUAUCAUUAACUUAUUUUAUAGAAGUAAAUAAACAGUUGAUUGGCACAUAAGAUAUUGACAUGUUGAGCAUGUAUGUCUAUUUUCAGGUACAGAACUCAAGUUGUGCACUAAAAUGUCCUUAAUUGUUGUUUUAUCAUGAAUGUAGCAGUUGUUUUUAUUGAUUAGGUUGGUCAUAGGAAAUAGUUGGCCACAAAAGCAUGUUUUCUUUCUUAUCUGUUUACACUCUAACUUAUGAAACAUUGCUGAUUCAAAGGGCCUACAGCCACAUAGAGAUAGUUUUUCAGAUCAGAGGGUGUCGAUGCAUAACCACAUACUGUGGCAGCACAGAGAACUCUGUAUGAUUAGGAUUUAUAUUUGCCCCUAUUACUGUCAUAAAAGCAGAAUAAUAAAUUUGCUGCAUCCCUGUGAUGACAUAACUUGACUUGGUCCUCUUUUCACUCACCUCUUUUCCUGCAUUUGUCUUCAGAGAAUUCUAUCUGCAUUUUAUUAGAUACUGAUUUCAGGUGUUCAUGCUUCAUCUGAAUUCGAUCCUGUUGGUUUUACGUCCUGAUGAUUGUGCAAGGUUAGAAAGAAGGGAUGCUUUUGCUGCUGUCCCUUCCUUUUAUAUUCUCUGUAUCUGGAUGGGUGGAAUAACAACUUAGCUGAUGAUAGCAGAGGAAAAGAAGAAAGAAAAAAGAGGGUGAGACUGGCCAUGAUGGCUUCACGUUAUUCAGUCACAGACUGUUUCGUCUCAGUGACUGGAGACACUGAGUCACCUGUUAAGCAUUGAGACUUAUACAUGAAUACUGCAUAACCGUAUAAGAUCUAAGAGGAAUAACGGUGGAUCGCUGCAUGUGAGAGGUGUUCAGAUUUAGCCACAACAAAGAAAGGUGCAGUUCCACCUUCCAUUCAUCCUCAACGUGUGUUGUGGAACUACAGUACUGUAGCUUCAGCGGUAAUGUCACACAUACAGAAACAUGCAUAUAAUCUAUACUGCUUCCUCUGUGGAAGAGCAACAUGCCACAUAGGUUUAUAUUCCCUAACGCACACUUCUCUGUAAUGAACAUCUUAUAAAGUCUGUGAAAACAGACACUGUAAAUCAGCACUGUUAUAUAAGCAGUGUGUCUUUAAGGAGCAGAGUUUGUACCACACUUCUUGUAUAAAACUACUGCAACUGCAAAUCCUUGCAUUUAAGAAGCUGGAACCAGCAAAUGUUUAACAUUUUUGCUUGAAAAAAUGACUGAAACAAUUCAUCAAUUAGCAAAAUAGUUGCGAUUAAUUUUUCUUUCGAUCGAUUAAUCAACAUUGCAGCUCUGCACGAACCCUUUAAAUAGAAAAUGUGCCUACAGUCAGGGCCAAAUAAUGGAUGAGCGAAGAAGUAUGAACUAUGUUUCGAAAUAAAGACCAACAAAUCCUUAGACACACAUUCACUUACAGCAAAGCAUCAAUCACAAGACAUUAAUCGUAAGACAACUAGCAGCAUCGCCCCAUAGAAAACCCUGGUGCUUUUAUUCCACCGUAUAUGAUUUCUCAGUCCUCUCUGUAGGUCAUUUAUUAUGUGUUAGCAGCUGCAAUCUCCUUUCUCAAUGAUGGCUCAGGGAAUGGAAGAAGAGCUGUAGACUGCUGUUUCAGGUGUAUGGAUAUGUGUGUGCGUGUGUGUGUGAGAGAGAGAGAGAGAGAGAUGCAACUGGGACAGAAAAACAAGGUAUGGGCAUGUUAGGAUGAUAAAGCCAUUGCGCUUGCUUACACUAACUGCCUCCUUAAUAUGCCAGUUGUGCACAUCCUGUCAGAGCUUUGGCUUAAAUGAUAUGACUUCUCCGUGGUGAAACCCAAGUGCCUCAUUCUCAAAAGUUUUUGCAACACAGACUGUGUAAUUAUACCUGAUUUACUGCUCACUUUUUGCUCUCUACAGCAUUUCGCCCACAGUUUCACACUAAUACACUGCAAAAGAAAAAUGUGAGGCUAUGUUCCACACGUUGGCAUGAACUGAGCAAAACAUUAAGCAGUUUGUGCACCUAACUCUGAUUGUCAGUCUGAGUUAGUCUGGGGUUUUCCUGAAUGAGGCGAUUCAUCUGGUAAUCUGUAACUCCUUCCAGAGACUAGUUGCACGCUGAAAUUGCAUCUGAGAAUGCGAUCGCGUCAUGGAAAGAAGUCAGUGGUGUUUGGGAAACGUGGUUUAUAUUUUUACUGAUUGCACUAAAUAGUGCACAGAAAACACAAACUGUGAAAACAUAGAGAGAAAAUGGUGACUGAUUAAUCUUCUUUACUAGAACAGGUUGGCUAGAAAAGGA